AGUUCGUAGAUUGCCUCUGCACAGUAAGAGGAGGUGAGCAGGCAUUUCUGUUUCAACAAAGCAAUUCAUUAGAAACAUUUGCACUGUGCUGGGAGGAUCUUAAACAACUGGCAAGCAAUAAAGUGUGAGCUGUCAUGGAUGUGGUUCCACCGGGUAAGUUGGUCAUAAAGGAUCUAGACGAGGAAGCCAUAUGGGACCUCAUUGAAAAUCACCGCCACAUAAUCACCAGCAAAGUCCGCCCCUGUCACAUCACCCCUUAUCUACGUCAGUGCCUUGUUAUCACGGAGACCGAUGAAGAGGAAAUUCUCUUCGGCCCACACCUCAAGCACCGAUGCAUGAGAACUGGCUAUUUGCUGGAUCUCCUCAGAUCUCGUGGGAAGAAGGGAGGUGUGGCCUUCCUUGAAUCCUUGGGGUUCUAUAAUCCAGAGAUUUACACAUUGAUCACUGGCGAAGAACCCACCAGAGAAUGUAGCAGCAUGUUAGACGAGAAAGGAAAUUUGGGUAUGAUUCAGUUCCUAAUGAACGAAGUGAUGAAGACCCACAAAUGGCUCGGGGAGGAGAAAUGUCAGAAACACCAGCUGCACGAGAAGUCACAAAUCUUGGAGGAACAGAACCAACAACUCAAGAAAGAGCUGGAGAGUACAAAGGCCAUGGAGGCGAACCUGAGCAGGAUGAAGAUGGACUGGCAUCGUCACCAUGACGAAAUGUUUCGCCUGAAGGAGGAAAACUACCAGAUAUUAAUGCGCUACACCAACACACUCCAGGAGAAAGAAAUGGCUGUGACACGGAGCAGAGACUUACAGCAACAGGUGGAUAAUCUGAUCAUGGAGAACAAAAAGCUAAUCGUCAAGUUUGACGUCGAGCGAAGAAUGUCAUUGAAACUGCGCGAGGAAUUCAAGCCGAAGCAAGAUGAACUCCUGCAUUUAAAGGAAGAAAUGUACACACUGCGGUUCAGGAUUCAGGAGCUGCAACUCAACCCAGUGACUAUAGACAUUCUGGAGCAAGACCGUGUCGAAGCUCUUGAGGACAGACAGGAGAUGAUGAAGGAAAUGAACACACUGCGUUUGGACUUGGAUCAGGCUGAUCAACUGAGGAAUGAGUUCCUGGACGAAAAGGAGAAUUUGCUAAUGGAAUGCACCACUCUUAAGAUGGACUGCAAUAUGUACAAAGAGAAAAUUGACUCGCUCCAGUCGCAGGUUUCAGAACUGCAAAAGGAACGUGACGAGGCGUAUGGUGCCAGGGAUGAGGUCCAGGUACAGAUGAGCAAAAUGAUCAUAGACAAGGAUUUGUGUCGCAGGCAAGUCAUCGAACUGCAGGACACCUGUCGCGAACUGAACAAAGAAAUACUGCAGAUACGAUCGAACAGGGCCAGACAGGAUAAAAAGGAGCGUGUAAUUCCGCUGCGUGAAAAACCCAAACUGAAGCGUCUGCCUGCAGUGAGCUUCACGACGUCCAGCCAAGAGAAUGACAGUGAUGACGACAGGAACAUCCAGAGUGAGCUCUGCCAAAACGUGAAGAGGUACGAUAAUGUUGAAUUGCCGAGCAGCGUUAGGUCGUCUUUUGUCGAGCCGCCCAGCAAGGAAUCGAUCUACAGACGCCUGACUGAAGAUGACCUGGAUCAGCCAUACAGCGGCAGAUAUUCGAUCGAUGACGACCCUUUCCCAUCAGUAGAUCACUGCUCUGAUAUUGAUGGUUGCAUUGAAAAUAUUCCCGAUGUCAUACCGCCACUCAAAAAGUCUGAUUCAUCCCCUCAAGGCUCACAAACUCUGAAUGGAUCACCUCCACCACCUGAAAAAAACUGGAUUUUCCCUCCAGGAAUUCAGCGACUUAGGCUCCUGAGCAGAGUAUCUUUAGUCACGUUCAAUGGAGACAGCAUUCUGGAUCAGAUUGAAAUCAUUGGCGGGAACGUGACUGGUAUAUUCAUUCACAACAUCAAACCUGAAUCACCAGCACUAAACAGUGGCCUCAAGACGGGUUUCCAGAUCAUUAUGGUGGAGUAUAAUACCCAAGAACGUAAGAGAACCUCGCUAGAGGAUGCCAGUUUGGAGGAGGCUGUUUGGACCCUGAAGCACAUUAAAGGCAUCUGUUCUUUGUCUAUAAGAGACAAUAGAGAGGUUUAUCAGAACCUGGUGGAAAAUAUUGAGAAGAAACUUGUGACCUCUGGUGACUCUUUCUACAUCCGAGCUAACAUAACCUUUAAUAAGGAAAGUGGAUCGCUGGGUGGAUUUACAGUUCAGUGCAAUGAAAUCCUUCAUAUCACUGACAGCUUUUUCAGACGCAACAGUGAGUGGAAAGCCUUCAGAGUGAAUCCCCACACAAUGGCAGACAUGGCAAGUGGUACAAUUCCCAACUACUAUCGGGCCCAGAAGUUGCUGAUUGGGAUGAUUCAGAACAUGGCUCAACAGGCUGCAUCAACUGAAAUGGUGAAAGGCAGAAAGCUGUCUCAUAAAAUAUCAUCAGGUCAAAGCAAACUGGUGCGGAUCGUCAGCGCUGAUAUAAGUCAGAGAAACCCUCUCUGGUUAUCAUUUGAUUCCGACACCAUCAAUCCUGACAAAGAUGAAGAUGAGCAGCUUCCUGGCAAUUGCUUCACUCUGAUGCCCUACUCGUUGGUCAGACCCUGCCACCCACCCGCUCUACGGCCAGUAAUCCUCGUGUCAACACUGAUCGGGAAGAUUGUGCUUGAGAAGCUUAAAGACCAAAAGGAUUAUGAAAAAUGCGAACCUGAGUGCUUGAGAAACGAAGACUAUGCGGAAAAAGAGAGAAGAGGUGACAUUGUAGGUCUGAAAGACAUACAGAAUUCAUUGUGCAGCUGUUUCACACGGAAGGCAGUGGAAGCUGUGGUUGCUAAGAAUGUACAUUGCCUCCUUGAACUGAGUCUGGACUGUGUGAGACAGUUGCAUCGAAUGGAGAUUUACCCCAUCGUCAUUGUCAUCCACAUGUGUGAAAAGAACAACAAGAAACUAAAGAAAAUCUUGCAUAAAUAUAGAGUGAAUGAGGAAUUGCUUUUGAAGUGUGCUCAAAGGGAGGAGGGGUGCUUAGACAAACUGCCAUGUCUGUACCACAGCAUUGCGCCUGAUGCCUGGAAUGAUCUUGAUUCACUCAUCAACUGCGUAAAAACAGCAGUAAGGGAAGAACAAAAGAAAAUUGUGUGGAUUGAAAAGGCACCGCUUUAGAGAAGCCAAUCCAUAGAAACGCAAUUGUCAAAAGAACAGAUACAAUUUGAGUGUUGUAAUCAUCACACUGGGUGAAUUUUUUUUCUCUGUGCAUCUUGUUCUUAAUGGUGUGGAGGUGGAGAUAUUUUAUCACACGUUUCCAGACACAGGAUAUGGCGACCCUCUAAAAGAAGCUUUGUUAUUGGUUCUGUGAGACUUUUCUCCCUGAUUGGAAAUGAUUAAAGCCUUUAAUGGCUUUUUAGUGUUCUACAAUCAUAGAGCUUCACCUCACAGGUGACCAUUCAGCCCAUCUUGCCAGGACCGUUGCUCUGAAAGAGCUCUCUUGCU